ACAUAGGUGACACAUCCAAGUUGCGCCUUACGCCCAUGGCGGUUCGACAUGCGCAAUGUCUACGCGCACAGCAUCCGUCAGCAGCCACGGGAGUGGCAAAGGUGUGGAGCCCGCAAAGGCGGCUGAGACAGCCAAGCAGGUGGAGGAGUACAUCAAGGUCUCCAAGGAGACGAGCCAGGUAGCCUACGAGCUCGCAUGCAUCGCGCAAGACCUUGGCUCGCUGGGAGGCACGUACAAUGAUGAAAAGAGCUUGGAAGCAGACAGGCUGAUCGGCGAGAUUGUGGGAGAUAGGAUCCCAUACACCUUCGGCAAGCGCGGAUCUGACACCAUUCCCGCUGGCCUGUCUGCUUUGAGCCAGUUCUUCGCUGAAGAUCCCCGGCACUUCGGGAUCCGUUUGUCGGCGCUCUUCACGGGCGGCAACUUCAUCCAGGAACGCAGGAAAUAUGCAGUUGGAGCGCCCCUGGAGCCUGGCUCGGACAGUGAUGAGUCCUCAUCGUCCUCCGGCUCUUCGAGCUCCGGCAGCGCGGAGUCGACAGACGCCAUCACCAGCGUCGCUAGCGGAGAUCUGGAGACCUUCGAUGCAGCGAAGUGGCACCACGAUGUGGACAGCUUGCUGCAUCGCAUUCAGGGCAAGGAAGAGUGGGAGACGAUGGCUGCACUGCGGGAGGGGUACAUCUUCAAGGAUCUUGAGCGUGCCGCUGAUCUGGUGCACAUUGAGGCCAUGGCAGAGAUGAAUGACGACGAGCUCAAGGGUUUCGACAAGACCAGGGAGGAGUUGGACACCCAGGUCGAGGCGAAGCAGCUGGACAUGCUGCAAACGCUCAGCAGCUUCAACGACUCCUUGAAGAAGACGACGAGGGACAUCAUCAUGAAGCGGAGAGCACGGAGGAAGGCGGCGAGGAAGCGGUUCAGCUUCUCCAACAUGGACGAGGUGGUCCUGGUCAAGAAGAAUGAGCAAGACUCGGAGGACGAGACAAGUUCUGCCGUGGGACAGGAGGUCCAGGAGGUCAAGGGCUCCAAGGCGGGGGAGCUCCUCUCGCGGAUCGCGGAGUUGCAGAAGGGCAUGAACGAGUUGGUGUCCGACAAUCAGAAGAAGAAGCUGACCUUGAACGUUCACAACAAGGCGCUGCUGCACUUGAAGUCCGCGCUUGAGGCCACGGAGAGGGGCGAAGAAGCGCCCGAAGCCACGGAGGAGAUUCAAGAGCUCCUGCAGCAGAUGCAGCAGAAGGCCAAGGACGAGAGCGAGGCGGAGAAGCGCGCGGCGGCGGACGCCCGCAUCAGGGAGGCAGCCCAGGACUCCAAGCUCAGCGAGGAGUACCUUUUGAAGCUGCCGCCAGCGGAACUGAAGGUGCACCUGUCGAAGUUCGAGGAUGACGUCCAGCUUCUUCAGAGCAAGGAGCAGGAGCUUUCAAAGCAGGCGCAAAACAAGACAGGCGAAGCCGCCAAGAAAGCUAGGAAAGCUGCCCAGGCGUUCAGCCAGGCCGUCGGAGGAUCCGGCCAAGCGCCAGGAUCCACACCGACAAGAGGUAGCGCUACGCGGCUGAGUAGCUCCAUCGAUCCAGACGUCAACCGCAAGCGCACCACGGGCCUGGAGCUGGCGCCCCAGCAGCUGCUGCAGGCCUUGGAGCAGCAGCUCCCCGCCGCGCGGAAGGCAUUGCAGGAGCUGGAAAUUUACCACCGCCAAUUCCUGGAAAGUAUAGACAAGGCCCAGAGGCUGCGAGAGCAGCUCUCCCUGGACCCAAGCUCUGAACGGACCAGCGUCGUGCAGGUUGACGAGAGUGAUGUGCCGCGCACGGUGGUUGCGCCAGCAGCGCCAACCCCCGCCUCGCCUGUCAGAGCGAGGCGCAACAGCGUGCGGCGGCGGAAUUCGGAGGCUGAAGCUGGUGCAGGAGCAGCCCAGACGCAGGAGCCUCGACCCAGGAGGCCAUCGGUGGCAAACGGAGGCAGCACGCAACCGCUGUCCGAGGCAAAGGUGGAGGAGCUACAGCUGGCACAAGACCUCGCCAAAUCCCAGGAGGAGAUGCGGCGCAUGUCCCGUCGCCUCUCACAGGCGCUGGGCAUGCCCGCUGAGACCGUGCAGGUCCUGGCCCCGGAGGUGGGGGAUGCCUUGCUGGAGGACAAGAAGGCGGAGCUGAAGCAGAAGCAGGACCAGGCCGCGGAGCUGCGCGCAGAGCUGGAGCAGCUGCAGCCGCCGGAACGGACGAAGCCACCGGAGAUCGCGACUGCCGUGAGCCCUGAGAGUGUGACCUCCGAUCCUGGAGGCUUGGAGGACAAGUCUCCCAAAAGCCCCCGGCGCCGCAUGUCUCUCUUCGAGCGCCGGGCGAGUUUUGAGGAGUUGGCGAAGAACGGCCACAUCAACCCAGAGCUGAUGCAGCAGCUGCUUCACGAGCAAGGCGAGACGAUUCAGAUUCAGCAGCAGUUGGCCUCCAUUGAGGACUUGAUCAAGGUGAUCCGCAGCAAGGGGGGCGACAUCACGGCAAGCGAAAAGCAGAAGAUCAAGGACAUGUUCGGCAAGGCUGAGAUUAAGAACGUCGAGCAGCUCUCGCAGGCUCAGGAACUGAAGGAUGAGAGGAAGAAGAUCAAAGAGUUGGAGCAACAGGUGGUGGAGCGGCGCUCAGAGUGGAGCAGCAUCGAGGGGGUCUCAAAGGCGCUGAAGGGCCUGGCAGAAGGCAAUCUCAACCACGCUGACAUCCUGAAGAAGGUGCGUGCAGUGAACGCGGCGCACUUGCGAACUGGCCUUGCAGAGACAGGUUCGACCAACAACUCAGAGAUGGCCACGCUACAGGCUGCUGCUGCCAUGGCUCGAAGUGAUCCCAGGCGCCGGAAAUCCGAGCAGAUGCUGCCCGCUGGGUGGGGACCUGUGGCGACCGACCGCCCAGCCUCCGGGCCAUCGCCGGCGGGGCCAGCGGGGCCGGCGACGCAGCUGGACAGCCCACGCCGCAGGACCAGCUUUGAGGACCUCCUCGGCCCGCGUAGAAGCCUGCUGAUGAGCCCUGCGCUUUCAGGCUUUACGAGCAAGAGCGGCUCCCACAUCGAAGUGGACGAGCUGAUGACCCCCUCUCCGCAGCCACGAUCCUUGAAACGAGGCCCCUCGUUGAACACCAUCGAAGGCUUUCCCGGGGAGGUCCCCAUGCAAGCCGUGGUGAAUAGCCGGCGUCGCCACAGCCUCACCACAGGCAUGGCUGCCACGCGCUCCGUGAUGGAGUCACCCCGACGGUUGGCGAUGUCUGGAGAGGAGCAGCGCGCCCCGCGCAGCCUCGUCGGCACGCUCGGGUUGUCGCCGCGAAGGUUCAGCGUAGCUUGAGAUGCGGCUCUCGGUGCAGACCUGCAGGAGUUGCCAGCAGUCACCGUCGAAGAUGGGAUUGCAUAGCAAGGAUUCAGACAUCUCAGAGCCAAGAAG